UGAUCAGCUGCACAGUCUGCACUGGCUGUCAGUUAGAGGGCUGACACCGAGCUGGGCACCAGCGGCAUCACCCAGCACAGCAUGGCACUCCGGGGCUAGGAUCUUCUCUGCUGGCUCUUUCUGGCUGGGCAGCACCCUGUCACCAUGCCUGAAGACGGCGCCCCCGAUGCGAGUCCUCCGGGCGCCCCAGAGAAGGGACCGCAGCAUUAUGUCAACCAAGAUGGGCAGAAGAUUUUCUGCAGAUACUGGAAGCCCGAAGCACCGCCAAGGGCUCUGGUGUUUGUGGCCCACGGCGCUGGAGAGCACUGCGGCCGAUACGAUGACCUGGCGCAACUAUUCACCAGCUUAAAUUUGCUCGUAUUUUCCCACGAUCACGUUGGACACGGACAGAGCAAUGGUGACAGGAUGAUAGUAUCCGACUUCCAUGUUUAUGUCAGGGACAGCCUUCAGCACGUGGACCUCAUGCGGAAGGAGCACCCGGAUGUACCGCUGUUUAUCUGUGGGCACUCCAUGGGUGGCGCUAUCAGCAUUUUGAUGGCCAAUGAGAGGCCGGCCGACGAAUUCUCUGGAUUGAUCCUAAUAUCACCGUUGGUGGUGCCAAACCCGGAGUCGGCGUCUUCUUUCAAGGUGUUUGCAGCUAAAAUUCUAAACCACGUUCUGCCCAAUUUCACCCUUGGCGGCAUUGACCCUAACUGUUUGUCUCGGAAUAAGCAGGAGGUGGAAUGUUAUGUCACUGACCCCUUGGUUUACCACGGCGGACUGAAGGUUUCCUUUGGAGUGCAGCUCCUCAAUGCCACGGCCCGGGUGGAGAAGGCGCUCCCGCACUUCAAGCUGCCCCUGAUACUGUUCCAUGGCACCGCCGAUAAGCUUUGUGAUUUCAAAGGCUCGCAGUUCAUGAUGGACACCGUCCCCAGCGAAGAUAAAACACUAAAGGUGUAUGAAAAUGCUUUCCACGUUUUGCACAAAGAACUUCCCGAGGUGACAAAUGCCGUGUUCCAGGAGAUCAAGAGCUGGAUGCUCCAAAGGCUAGAGGCGUCCGCACCAGCUACGGUGACAACAGAAGGGACAAAAAGUACUUAGGGGCCACUACACCCAACAACGUCCUGAUGGACUCUCGCGUCCUCCCAUAAUAGCCUACUUCAAACUAAGCCUCCAUUCAAGUCACUUCUCAGCUGAGCCUCCACGCUAUACUAACUCCUCUUCCUAAUGGCCUCCAGCUCCGAUUUCCAAGUCACAGGAAACCACCACAGGGAACUCUGAUGGCGUAGGACAACACUUGACAAAGCACAAGAAAGCCACAAAUGCAGCCAAUGGAAAUCUCUCGCCGCACUCAGCUGGGGUGGAUGCACAAGAGGACCGCGGGAGAUUUCAGCUCGCAGACAAUAUGUCUCUACGAAGGAUUUGGGCAUUUAAAGUUCUCAGCAAUAAUUUUACAAUGUGCAUCCACCUUCCCGGAAGCCUUGACUUCACCGGAACCGCAUAGAGGAAAGACUCCCGGGUCUACAAAGAAGCCUCGACCUGUCACCGUAAAGCACAAAAAGCAAUACGAUCUCAUCGUCCGUAGGAAGAAAACAAGAAUGUAUAUCGCGCCGUUUGCUUGUUUUUGCUGGCGGACCUCCGGGGAAAAAGCGACACAACUGUGUUUUUCAGAUCAGCUGUGAAGGAAUCCUUUGUACAUAUUCCCUUUUACCUGUUUUAAUAGAUUUUAUUACACAUUAUAUAUAUAAAAAAAUAAUAAUUUAAUAUGUUAAUAUAUUUUCUGCCUGUGUAGGACAAGGCGGGGAAAAAAAAAAACCGUACCGGUAGGUUUUUUUAGAUUAUUUUUUCAAUUCUAGAAAAAAAAGUAAAUUUGUGGCCUUUUUGCCUGCUAACCGCUAAUGUAUGUAAAUUUUUUAUCUGACCAAGAAGACACAGUGAUUUCUGUUGGGUAAUGUGCUUUAGGUUAUCUUUGGCCGCAACAACAACAACAAAACAUAACUUGAAAAAUACACUCCGGUGGAACACA